AUGGCUCCCAACAACACAAAUUUUAUUUUUAUGAGAAAGUUGAUGAAUGAAAGCAAGAGGAAACGGCGAAUAGCCGAGAAAAGAUUGAGAAAGGAAAUAGAGCUCAGAAGAAGAAGAAUCGAAGUAGCAUUGCUUGCUGUAUUAUUGUUGACAACGGCAAGGAGACUGACGAUGGGCCGCAUCAAAACGACGAGAACAUGCCGAAGACUGCCCCGUAACCGAGGAUGGUGGAAUGUUGUUUGGAGUACAUACUCAGAUGCUCGAUUUAAAAAAACUUUCCGUGUUUCAAGAGCAACUUUCGCGUUCAUCCUCUCGAAGAUCUGUCACAGAUUAGUUAGGGAAACAAUCUGUGAAGAGCCUAUCUCUCCCGAAUGUCGGCUGGGAAUUUGUUUAUAUCGACUUGGGCGAGGUGAUUACCUGUAUACAAUUGCUGAAAUGGCUGGUGUCGGAGUUUCAACAGUUUCUAUGAUCGUCUCGGAAGUGUGCGAGGCUAUAAUUGAGUGCAUGUGGGAGGACUGCAUCAACAAAUUUAUGCCAAAAACAAGUCAAGAGUUUAUAGAGAAAAUGCUUGACACUGAAGAACUUUGGCAGUUUCCUUACAGCUGGACAGCUGUAGAUGGCUGCCAUAUUCCAAUAAAAUGUCCCCCUGGGGGACUAGAGUCGUGUAAAGAGUACCAUAACUUCAAAAAUUUUUAUUCUGUGGUGCUCAUGGCUAUGGUGGAUGCCAAAUACAGAUUUUUGUGGGGCAGUUGCGGCUUUCCUGGCAACUCCCAUGAUUCAAUUAUUCUGCAGUCAACCUGUCUUUGGAAAAAAAUAAAGGAGGGUUCAUUUCUGCCCGAUUUUACCAACAGAUUGGACGGUGUACAGAUACCCCCACUAAUAAUUGGGGACUCUGCCUUUCCUUUUGAAAAAUGGCUGAUGAAGCCGUACACAAAUGCUGUUUUGACACCUUCACAAAGAUAUUUCAAUUACAGGCUUAGCCGUGCCCGAAUGGUGGUUGAAGGUGCAUAUGGACAACUGAAGGGAAGGUGGCGCAUACUUAUGAGAAAAUCCGAGAGUGCCCAUACAGAAGUCAAGAACUACACACUUGCUUGUAUGGUACUGCAUAACAUUUGUCUUGAGAUGGGGGACACUAUCCCAAGAAAGUUGGAUUUAAGCAUUGACCACAAUACAAAUGAGACUAGAGAUCGUCAACAAAUUCGGGACAUCCUCCACAUUGGCUUUUCCCAAAAACAAUCAUUUGAACCUAAAGGAUGUUCGCAAGCCAAUAAAAUCAGAACAACACUCACAGCCAAAUUUUGGGCAGAGAAGGAAAGAGACACUGACAAGUAA